AUGGACAACCUCUACGACGCCGACGCGGGUUACCUCUACAACAUCUACUACGCCUUGCAGCACGAAACCCGCUCCUCGUCCUGGUACGCAGCAGGCCUCCUCGCACGGAAUGAGAACGAUGAUUGCGAACACGCAAGAAGAAUUCUAAACAACAUCAUCUCGGGCCAAUUUUUUAACGCCAGUGAGCAAUGGUAUGGAGAUUACCAAACAUAUCCCGAACAACCGGAUCCGGGAACGGAGGCGUAUCCAGCGUCGAUAUAUAAUUCUUGGGAUCCGAAUUGGAGGGGUUUCAUUGGGACUGCGAUGAUUGUGUGUUAUGAGGAAUUUGGGCAUCUUUUGCCUCAAGAUCUCAAGGAGAGGAUGGUGGAGAGUUUGCAUUUGAAUGCGAUUGGGGAUACUUAUCGAGUUUAUGGGUCUGAUGAUGAGAAUCUUACGCCGGCGUACAGUAAUGCUGCGAUCAUGAAAGCGGCUGUGUCCGGGUGGGUGGGAAGGAAGGUUGGAGAUGCUAAUAUUACAGCUGAAGGAGAGACUUGGGGUCAGGAGAUUGUUGAUCUUUUCAAGCAGAACGACACGUUGGCUGAGUUCAACAGUCCAACGUAUUUUGGUGUGUCCUUGUUCGCGUUGACGCUCUGGGCGAAGUAUCUGCCGGCGGAUUCGGUCCUUGGAUCCAAUGCGCCCCGUAUGAUUCGCGAGACUUGGGACUUUGUCGGCGAGGUGUACAACGCCAACAUGAAGAAUAUUGCUGGGCCGUGGGACAGAAGCUACGGGUUUGAUCUGAACCGCUACCUGGCCAUCAUGUCACUGUGGAUCUGGAGCUUUGUUGGCUUUGAGCAGUCACCUCUGUAUCCAAAGCCGACGGCGGUGGGACAUGUCGAUGACUUCGAGAUCGGCCCGCUGAUAGCCAUCAUGGCCGACUAUCACAAGACCUUUGUCACUGAGAAGGCUCUAAGUGCGCUCACCUCGUUCGGAGAUUCUCGUCUUGUUCACCGCACAGCCUUUUCGCCGGCUUUUGAUCAUGUGCCCAGGAACUAUUCGACCUUCAUGUCGUCUAAGCUGACCAUUGGCGCCCAGAGCUUCUCGGAAAAGGCAGUCGGCGGCCCGUCCAUCAACCCAGGCCAGUUCAACCCAGUUGUAGUACAAUGGCUUCGGGACGACGGAUCUUCCAGGGUUGGAUUUGUGACGCUUUGGCCGGAAACGCAGUCUUUGCAGGCUGAGGUUAGUGAGAAGCGGCUGGACCUCACCUACCCAUUCGGCAAUGAUACGAGCAAGUUCGUCUUCCACGUCGAUUCGAACGGAAUUGUAGGGCCGAAGAAUGUAAAAUCUUGGAAUGACAUCGCUGGGCUCAAGGUGAAGGUUUCGGGCACUAUCGAGCCGGAGCCGGAGAUAUCGUUUUGCGGUAUCAAUGGUGGUUCGUGCGAUACGGUGAAUGAUUUCGAUUUAUGGAAAUUCACGUACACGAUGGCACCAGGAAGCACGCAAGUUCCAAACAUAGUGCUCGACUUCGAAUUGGCAUGA